CAUAAUCAUAUGUGUUCUAUCGGAGAAAAAUGGCGGUGUGGAGUAGCAUUUUGCGUGCUGCGAGGCAAAAAUUGUCAAACGGCGGUUCUGGAACGGCACUGUUGAAAACCGGGCAAAGAUGUAUGUCGGAAGACCGCACGUUUCUUAUAGAACCGAGUCGCUUUCAGUGGCACAAAACGAAAGAUUAUUUUCACUUUUACUUCUUACUCGGUGCUAUUCCUAUGGGCAUCACAAUCACCCUAGUUAAUGUAUUCAUCGGCCCUGCCACACUUGAGGAGAUCCCUGAGGGUUAUGUUCCAAAGGAAUGGGAGUAUCUUCAGCAUCCAAUUCAAAGGUUCCUUCAACGCUAUAUCUUUCCAUCGCCACAACAGGAAUAUGAAAAGUAUCUGUAUUAUGUAUACCACGAGGAUCAGGUUAGGAAAGUUAGGCUUCUUGAACAAAACGUAAACUUGGCAAUGAGUGCCAAUCGUGAUUACAGAGGUCCAUAUUUUCAUGAGUUUUAUGGCUCCAAAUAUUUGUACUUAUACAGAAAAAAUUUGGAUGACAAAAAGAAGAAUGAAUAAAAUUAAUUUCAUUCUGUUUGUAACGAUUUGUUGUAAUUGAAGAAUACUAAGGAAAUUGAGGAAAUUAUGUGAUCAGAUAUAGAAACGUAGAUUUUGUGCUCUAGGACUUGAUUAAUUUGUGCUAUGGAGUAAAUCCUUUAUGUUAAACCUCCACUCAUAAAUCAUUGCAUUGUAUAGUUACUAUAUAAUUAAUAAAGUCUUGAUUAAAAUUU